CCGAAAUUGACGAUCAUUUUGGGCAGAUGAGAACUAAUGAGUUUUUCGCUGACCUCCCCGCGUCUGUUUCGCUCCUGAUCCUGAUCUUGUUUUUCAAGCCGAGAGCUAAGCGGAAUCGGAUACUUACUCAUCAUCGUGCCGUAUUCUGUAACGAGAACCAACGACGAGGGACUGCACCACUGCCCCAUUCGAACCUGAGGGUUGUAAUACGAGCGAUUUCCUCGGUAUCGUGAUCGUUGGCAACUCAAUCGGAGUUACAUUUCUCUCUUUAGGCAUAUCGGUUGUCUGUGCCCACUGGUUUGAGCCAAGAAGAACACUGCGGUGGAAGAGAACGAAGCUCACUAGAAAUUAUUUGUAGUCUGGUACAUUCCUUUGCUCUCAUUAGAUGACAUCGAUACUUGUUAUUCAAAGUACAACCGCUCUAUUUUGGACGAAGGGCUGUGGCACACUGCGAUUGCAUGCGUUGCGUCCUGGCCUUGUCCUUGCUAAUCACGAUAGUAACUGUAACAGACCAGCAUCGCUGGAGCCAUCUCUCGUACAAAAUCAAGAUCCACCUGCAUCAAACUCAAAAUCGCCAUUUCCUGCGCGCCGCGGGGGAGGGGAUGACUUAGACUUCGCUUCCAAAGACGAAAUUGGACUGAGAGAACAUCCAAAUGGAGCCCAGACUGAUUUCUAGAGCACGAGAGAAAGUUAAAGUUUCUUUGUCGAGCUUUGUCUCUCACUACUCGUUAUCUACUAGCAAAAUUCGAAUGCGCUCACUUCAUUUCCUUUCCUUGAUGUCACAUACUUUAGAGCUUUGUGUGCUCAACAUCGUGACUCCUCUACUCCAGUCCUCCCUGUCUCUUCCUGCUUGCCGCCUCUCGCCGUCGCUGCAGUUUUAAGUGGCCUUUUGGUGUCUGCACGUCGCUUUAUUCCUGCUAUCCCAUGGUCCUUCUGCUGUCUUUAACAGACAGAAAUAGUUGCAGUGUAUUAGUAUCACAUGGUGCAAUCUUCUAUCUUCACAGCGCAACCAGCCCAGAACGAUCCUCAAAACACUGCCAACAAGUAUAUGAGUCGCUUUCUGUUGUAUCUAGCGUUAUAGGCAGAGGUCCUUAACUUUAUUACAUGCUAGUAGCGAGUUCCGAGUCGCUUAGGGGCAAGUCCAACCGUGCUGCCUAUGCUGUGGCGCGAAUACCCGGAUGCCUGAGUGGGAGUCGUUUGACUCAUCAGACUACCGUGUAUCUAUCGUCAGUACUAUCAAUCUCAUUAUCAAUCCAAGACGUUUCAUGAUGUGAAACUUUUUCUACGUACUUUUGACAUCUUCUACCUUCACUUCUCCUUCAAUUAUGCAUAAUGUAUGCAGGGUAUCAGGCUUGUACUUUCUAGUAUUAUUCGAUAGAUAAUAAGAAGCAUUGUUUGUCGUUGUGGCUAAACAAUAAUUGUCUAUCAGCGAUAUUCAAUGUUCGAAUGAUUUAUCAUUAACGAUUGAAUUUUUCGUUUGGGUUUGUAUUCAAAACGGAUUCAGAUUUUCUUUGGAACUACGGACUUGUUUGUGAUGGAAGGAUAAUUAAGGUUUAGUUUUAGUACAAGAAUGAGCAUGGACAUCGGUCGUGUCAUCUAGAGCAUCUAGAGCUUCUACGAGUACGUUAGCGUUAGGCUGUGGUCUGCUGCUGGUGUUGUUGUUGGCAGACGAGUGAGAGCGUGAGACUCAAGGAGCAUCGAUUGAUAUCGUUGUCUUUUUGUUAUCGUCACGAUCUACUUAGCUGUGUCCAACAUCUCGGUCUCUCUUUUCAGAAGCAGGAAGUUGUCAGAUCGAUCAUCUUUGGUUUCGUUCAAAUCCAAAGUCAAUCAGCACUUCCUAGAAGGAACGACGUUGUGUAAACGCUUGGCGCAGCAACUGAAGCAGCACCACGCCGGAAGAAUCCUCUUGCGAACGAAAAAUUGUUGUGAACCCGAUAAAAGGUGCAGGCGUGGCCGGGCGGAAGUUCAAGGACAACGAUUGUAAGUAACCUCGUCGUACUAGUACUAGUAGCAGUAGAGAUCUGAAGAACAAGAUCGACGCUUUUGUAGUUGGAUCAUCUUGUUUCCCGUUUGGACGCGCGGAAGCGAUAGCGCAGACGAAUUCCACAAAACAGCUAGAAGCAAGUAGAAGAGUAGAUUCACUUCUACUUCGUCCCUUGAGCACCACCACCAGCGAAAUCUAGUGUAGCCAUGGGUGAUCGUGCGCAGUUGUUGAACCGCAGUAGCGGUCUGGAUCUAGAAGAGGAUGCACCUCCAGCUCGCGGCAGACCAGGUUCCAGACCUGGGGGCAAUGGUGUCGCAUCACAGAAGCGACCGGCUGCAGGCGAAGGAGACGCUGCUCUUCCCGGUGCUAAGAAACUGAGACCAUCAUCAUCCUCGUCCGUCAUGGCUGCUCCUUACGCCGCAGUGCUAGCACAGCUGCCAGCGGAAGACGAAAAGCAGAAGAAAGUGGAGCUACGCGCAUUGGCAGAUAAGACGGUGGCCAUGCUAGAGUACCCAGACCUAAACUACUUUCUGCAGGCCAUAAAGAAAGCAGUCAAAGACCGAAUGUCAGACCAGGGCGUCAAGCCACCAGACGGAGUCGUCACCACAGCGGCAGCAGGUAUUAUUCGCAUUUGCUUUAUUCUUCUUGCGUGGUCACGGUCACGAUGAAAAUGGUAACCCCUUCUAUUGUUGUAGUCGUGCAACAGCUCAAAAUUUCAAAUCCUUGACUCAAUAGAUCACACCUCCAUGACAGCAGUUAUACAUCAACUUCAAUUUGUUCUCUCCAUAACCCCACAAAAAGGUGCAGCACCAGGCGCAGCAGAAGCUACUGCCAACGGAGCAACAGGAGGAGAAGCCGAAGAGGAGCUUCCACCAGGGUCAGCGAGAAACAAGCCGACGCGAACAGGGAUGUUUUAUCCUCUCAAUAACCUACCAGCAGAAGGAGCGGAGAAAAAAGUAGAACCAGAGGAGAAGGCGUUCAAAAGAGCGAAAGCAGAAAGGAGUACUACAUUUUACUUGGUCGUGACAUUGUUUCGAAUUGGGUUCUUUCGAAAUUGGAUGUUCGUUCUGGAAAAGUAGUCGCAGAAAAUAGCGCUAGCCAGAUUAAAAAUUCUACUGCAUCUUUCAUCUCACACUACCAAGAACAGUGUUGUUUCCUAUUGAUACUCUCCAACUUUCACCACAUGACAACCUGCGCCAAACCUUCAUUUCAGGGACAGCAGAGGAGGAGCAAGCGGCACAGGACUUGCUGCAUAGUAUAGCGGACGAACCCGUGAUGAAAGACGGCGCGCUGGACGAAGCUCGCUUCGAGGAGGUGCUGACGCAGUCCCUAGACCUCAACAAAAGCAACAAACAUUGGUUCACGCUGUGGAGCCACUGUGCAAUCAAGGGAGAUGCAACACGUACUUAAAUAUUUUUGUUUUGAUGCGAUUCAGUCUUAAAUUUUUCUUACCUCGCUCCAACAUUAAAAAUGUAUAGCAAGCGGCACAUUCGUGCCUUAGACAUAUGUUGCAGAACAGCACUCCAUAUCUCUCAUCCCACUUAAAAAAUGACAACUCAGCCGCGGCAACGAUAUAUUUCACGAACAAGCUGAGUUUGGACAAGGACGAGAACGAACUGGGAGACAUAUUAGGUACUUUCAAUCGUGAUUUUUCAAUGAAGGAAAUAAGUAGAAACUGAACAAAUUCUCAUCAUCUAUUUUCCCUUCGUUCCUGUGAAAGUGAAAGGAAAUGAAUUCAUGAUCUCAACAUCAUCCUAAUCCUAAUCCUUUGCGUUACACUUCCAGGAGCUCCUUUAUUCUCACAGGUCACCUGAUGAAGGAGAAAGAAAUCAGCCCAAAGCAUAUGGAGGAGGCUAUUCAAAAGUUUGCUGUGGCAGGCAGUGGCCGAGAACUGUUGAAGAUUAUCGCAUGGAUUCUAGUUUUCAUCUAUCCAACGCAAAAGAACGACUUCGGCUGGAGUCGUGUCGGCUGGGGCUUCCAGAACUGGUGGGGCCAGUGCAAGAAAUACCUCAAGCAUUGUAAUGGCGGCGGAGAAGAAGCGACAGGAGAGAGUCAACUGGAAUGCAUAAAGGUACUUGUUUCCUACUUGAAGAAUAUGCAUAAAGGUCAACUGGAAUGCGAAUGCAUAAAGGUCUACAAACUAGUACUGGCUUCCUACUCCUACUUCUUAUUUAUCAGAAUCAAAUGAUACAAAACUGUAAAAAACACUACUGACUGACUCAACAUAGAAGUCCCAUCUACAGACUUGUACCACAUUUAAGAUGUCCUUCACCACAACUACAGAUGGUUAUCGAGCAGCUUGUGAAGUACAAAGCGCCUUUUGAAGAGGAUAAGCAGGAGAAGGUUAUCAAUCAUGCUACGAAUCUUGCUGGAGACCGGGAAAAAGCGUGCCUGCUUCUGGGUAUAACUGGCGACUCGACCGUCAAGCCGAGCCCCAGCCCAUUGUCGAACGAAGAAGGCGCUUAAAAAUACCCUCGAAGGAUUUCAGAAAUUCUUCGUCUCCUUGCAGUACCCAAUCACGACGCAUGAUCAUACUUGUCGUUCUAGUUGGAGGAGCUAAGAUUUGGAUUUGCAGUACCUGCCAAAGGCAUUAUAUUGAUUACACCUGUUUGAUGGCGAGAGCAGAUAACGCCUGCCAGUGCCAUGAUCUUCGCCGAUUGUAUGAUAGCCACGCACCAUGGAUCGACGACGACAAAUUUAAUUAUACCUCCCGCUUUAAGCCUUUGUAACAUAGCCAAUCUCUUCUAUCACGUGAAAAUGACCGUAACUAUAUUUGUGCUCUGAUCAUUGGAGCAUGUACUUUUAUAGUUACAGCAUGCAUUUGGAAAUGGAAGCAUGCAGCAUGCAAGAUUUUCGAUCUCCUCCAUCUUCUGGCAAAGAUAGAAUGCCUCUAUUCUGAAACUCGUUUGUUUUUGCAAUGCUCGUAACGAAUGAUGACAACGAAUAAUGCUGAAAAACAGCAUGAAAAUGCCUAACCCAAUACCUGACGCUUUUACUUUUUAUAGUGAGUGAGAGUGGAACGAAACCUGAACUGUUUGUUAACUACUCCUACAAGAAAAAAAGAAUGAAGAUGAUAGAACGGUGAUCAUUUUCGUGCCCGUGGGUGUUGAUGAUGUUAGUGAGAAACUAAAGCUAUUUAGUUUUGCACGAAACUAGAAGAUGAAGUCAUCUCUGUCCUGCGUGAGAGCUCCAGCACAGAGACGGAGAAAGACGUAACAGAG